UCUGGCAGCUGACGGGGCAGAAUCCUUCAGCCCACGUACUUAAGGCCGUGAAGGCGGCGGGGCCGGGGCAGAACCGAGCUCGACGCAGACACCGACACAGGCACCGACCACAGCCACCCACCACAGCUCAGGAGAUGCUCCCAGCCACGUCCAAGCUCUGCGCCGCCAUCUCCUACCGGCACCUGCGCAACAUGACCGGUCUGAGGAGACAAGCCGCCGUGGCCCUCAGCCAGGAGCUGAGCAGACUCGCCUGCCGCAGCCCAGGACCCAGCUCCUGGAUCCACCAGGUUCGCAGGAGGAGCUCCUUGCUCAGCUCGAGGCUGGAGGAGAAGCCCUUCAGCGAGAUGGAAAUGUCUUACAUCAAACAAGGAGAGGAAGCCCUGCAGAAAUCCCUCAGAAUCCUGGAGGACCAGGACGGCUGGAAGACGGAGACGGUGGCGGGAAACGGAGACAAAGUGCUGAGCAAGGUGCUGCCGGACGUGGGGAAGGUGUUCCGGCUGGAGGUGGUGGUGGACCAGCCCCUGGACUCGGUGUACGGAGAGCUGGUGGACAACAUGGAGCAGAUGGGAGACUGGAACCCCAACGUCAAAGAAGUCAAGGAAAUGCACUUUCCUGCAAGGAGCAGCCACUUCUGCUGUAACUCUGGGCUGAUCCGGAGGAGAAGCAGCCCCGAGGCACAAGGAAGAGUUUGGCUAUCCCACAGCUCCUCUGGAAUCAGAGAAGCAAUCCUGGAGAAGAUCGGGAAGGACACGGUGAUCACCCAUGAGAAGGCGGCCGCGACCCCCGGGAACAUCGUUGGGCCCCGGGACUUCGUGAGCGUCCGGUGCUCCAAGAGACGCGGCUCCACCUGUGUCCUGGCCGGAAUGUCCACCACGUACGGGGCGAUGCCAGAGCAGGAGGGGUUCAUCAGGGCUGAGAACGGUCCCACCUGCAUGGUCCUGCGCCCGCUGCCCGGCAGCCCCUCCCGGACCAGGCUGACCUGGCUGCUCAGCAUCGACCUCAAGGGCUGGCUGCCCAAGACCAUCAUCAACCAGGUCCUGUCCCAGACACAGGUGGACUUUGCCAAGCACCUCCGGCAGCGCCUGGCCCGGCCCGUGACCUGCUGACCACGACCCGCCCACCACCCGGGGCAGGGCUUUGUUCAGGGGCAAAGGGGGAGUCACUUCGAUCAGCCAAGGCCUUUAGCAGCAGACACCGCUAAUUAAUACGUGGUUUCAAUCAAUAAAUACAAAGGUUUAUUUAUUGGAACUCGUCGUGGAAGUGCAGGACCAAAAAUUUUAAGUCCCACGUUUGCUUCACUGAGCAUGUGCUGGCCCAGCCAGGCACCUCUGCCCUCCCUAAUUACUGUCACUGAAUAAAUAAAGCUUUAAUUAGUGGUGUCUACAAUUAGUUAUUAGGGAGGCCCCGGACAUCUGACUGGGAAGACACAUCCUCAAUGAGGCAAACACGGGCCUGACUGAACCUCACCUUUUACUCCCCCAAAACUCAAACACAGCACUUAACUAACAAUUUUAUUCCCUCUCCCCACCCAAAGCAGCUCUAAUUUAUUUUUCCUGUACAGACACAGACAGAGUGUCAAAUUAUUUAUUCAUCCAAAAGCUCUGCAAUGAUGAUCAUUGGCAGCAGGCCCAGUGGAGCUCCUGUGAGCAGAUCCUCAGCUUGAGAGAUCUCCAAAUGUAGCUACUUUGAGUUUAAAUCUCGCUUGUAACAAUUUACAAGACAAAAACAGAAUAAAAAGAGAGUUAAAGCCUU